UUAUCUAUUUCAAAAUAUCCUUUAUGGUCACGCCCCUUUGUUUUGUUUUGCAAAAUGUCCGAUAAACAAAGUAUUUAUGAAUUCAAAGAGAGGGCUGGUCACUCAGCUCCAGUAAUAGGAGAGUCGCUCUACCUGUGGGGAGGGGAACAGUUUGAUUUUCCUUAUGUGCAUGAUUCACCUCGAAAAAGGAAACUGUUCUCGACAGUUGAGACAUUUUCCUUUUCAUCAGCUCGCUGGUCCUCUCACCUAACUAGAGGCACUCCUCCAUUAGGAGUCGUUGACUACUCCUGUACCACCUUUCGUUCUAAUAUUUAUUAUUAUGCUGGCUGGUGUGGUCAUGAUCAUUGUCACUACAACAGUUUAACUGUACUAAAUACACUGACCAUGAGCUGGACUCAAUUGCAUCCUAAUGAUGAGUCCAUGAUGGAGAAAUCUCGUGCUGGAAUGCUAUCACUGGAAUUUGAUGGAACUGACUAUCUUCUUAUGGUUGGAGGAUUAGGUCCUACACCAGCUGUCAAACAUCCUCAAUUUCAAUAUGAGCAGAUUCCAGAUGGUCGUGUUCGUACCAAUGAGCAGUUACUUUAUAAUCUAUCUAAUAGACAAUUCACUGUUCCAUCUGUUAGUGGACAGUGUUGUCCUCCAACUAGUACUUUUACAAUCAACAAGAUAAAUCAAAAUAAAGGAAUAAUGUUUGGAAGAACAUUAUCUCAUGUUGGUGGUUUUGAUACAUUUAACACUAAUAAAGUGUACAUAUUUAAUGUGACUCAUAAUACAAUACAUUGGGAGAGUAUUAAAAAAGGAUCAAUAUUUGUUGGGGGACUCCAGCUUAAGGGAAGAUGUGCUCAUGCUAGUGCUAUUAUCAGUGGUGACUCUACCUUACCUGCACUAGUAGUGAUUGGUGGAUGGGAUGAGAACAAUCAAUCAGUGAAUGAAUGUUUGUUAUUUGACAAUAUCACUACUGGUCAGUUCAGUUGUAAAAAGAUUCCUUUGCCUGAAUCUGUUACUGGUAGAUAUGCUCACUCACUCACAGCUGUCACAAUGUCGCCACACUGUGUGUGGCUAGUAAUUGUUGGAGGAUGUGAAGAGAGUCAAUAUGUAGAUUUUAAAAUAAGAGUGAAGGUGCCAACAAAUACAUUUAUCACUGAUACUAAUAGACAAAUAAUGAUAAUUGAAUUAGUAUAUAGUGAAGCUGGUGAGUGGAUGGUACAGUCAGUACUGGAUGGUAAUGAUCUCACUAGUAAGAAAUAUCAAGAAAAGUAUUCAUCAUACAACAAGACCAAGACAUGGUGGAUGAAUCAGCUAAUGGAAUAUCCCACAGAGAAGGAAAUGGAGCUUCAGAGAUAUAAUCAGUUAUUGCAAGAAAAACUACGAGUGUUUUAUCAAGACAAAGUAUCAUUACAGGAAGCACUGGUGGAGGCCAAUAAACAAGAGGUGCUGAAAGCACAAGUACAGUCAAUACAAGAAGAAAAACAAAUUAUUACUGAAGAUAAUGAGAAACUUAGAGCUACAGUUGCUUAUAAUGAAGUAUAUAUAACUGAAAUAGAAGAAGAGAAGAAACAAGUAGAGGAAGAGAAGAGAAAAGUAGAAGACAAGUAUAAGCAAGCAAAGAAAGAGAAGAAGCAAGCAGAAGAAGAGAAGAGACAAUUAGAGGAACAAUACCUCAUCGACAAACAGACCACUAAAGAACUUAAAGCUAAAGUUGCUGUUAAUGAUGUAUACAUAACUGAAUUAGAGGAAGAGAAUGAAAAAGUAGAGAAACAAUAUCACAAAGAGAAAGAGAUCACUAAAGAGCUUAAAGCUAAAGUUGCUGAGAAUGAAUUGUAUACUGCCAAACUAAUGAAGGAGAAAGAGCAAUGGAGUCAAGUCAAAGAGACUGAUUCCAUUGGAUUACAAUUUAACUACCUAAUUCCUUCAAUGGAUAAUUUGGAUUGUCUGAGUGAUGUCCAGGUAGCAGAGAAGAAGCUGUUCUUAAUUCAAGGAGACAAACCUCAACUGAUGAAUUGGGAGAAAUAUGGUGUAAGGAUUGGAGUAGAAGAAGGAAGCCUAUUGUCCUCUGAGACAGUAGAAGCAGCAGUGGUUGCUCUUGUAGGAGGACAGUUCCAGUUCCCUCCUAAUACUGUCCUUGUCAGUGCUGUGUAUGCAGUAUCACUCUCAAAGCCUCUCCUCAAACGACUCAAGUUAGAAAUACAGCACUGUGUUGAUUUAACAGGUCGACCAGCUCUUAAUCGUUAUCUGAAGUUUGCUAUAGCUCCCGUGAGCACACCCAGUCUUCCUUACCAGUUCUCAACAGUUGAGGGAGGAGAGUUUAGCUCUAAGGGUGGGUAUGGAUUUAUUGAGCGUAAAGAUUUCUGUUUGGUGUGCAUACUGGGAUUGCUAAUAGUAUCUAUGACUGGAGGGGGAGGAAAAGGAGGAGGAGGAGGUGGUAAUCAGCAGCAACAAGGAGCUGGGGUUGUACCUGCAGCUCAACAGCAACAAGGAGGAGAUGCACUGACAGUACUAGUCCAACAACAGCAACCAGGAGUUAAUCAACAAACCCAGGAACAACAAGGGGAGCAGUCACAAGAAGGACAGGAAGAGGAAGGAGAGCUACAAGGAGGGAACCAACAAGGAGAAAGGCAGUCACAGGAACAAUCAGAAUUACCAGAACAACAACAGCAAGAAGGAGGACAACAUGAGGCUGAAGGAGGUCAUCAGGAAGGAGACAGAGGACAAGAGGAAGGACAUAAGGAUGAUCCUGUGCAUAUAGAAACAGCUACUGAUGCCGUGCCUUGUACUGAGUCUAGUUCUGAUUAUGCUAAUAGUGUAGUUUAUACUAAUGUACAAAAGAGUAUGAAAUAUGCUGGACUGGUUUACUAUGAGGAGAAAGGUGUAGAGGAUUUAGUGACGUUCACUGCAGCUAAGAAACUGGAAGCACUCAUUCAAUAUAUUGAACGCAAACACUCUCAAGCUGAAAUCGGACCUGAUAUUUUCUUUCGUUUUAAGUUUUCCUAUGGUUAUAUUGAAUUAAACCUUACUGCACAGCAGGAUGAACCAUUCACAGGCUGGACUGUUAAACCUCACACUGAACCUUGCAGAUUGUAUCAAGAGGCCAUUGAUAAUUUUGGUGAUAAAGAACAUUCUCGUCCUUCGUGUUGUCUGAUAUCAGUGUACGGUUCACCUCAUGCUACCCCUACACUACAUUAUUCCAUACCACUGGAAGGUGUGGCUGAUCCUGUUACAUUAAACAUUCAUAGAGCACUGAGAAACCGUCCUCCUUCAACAGUACAUGAAUCAGUGUCAGUAUCAUCCACUGGAGGAGCUAGUCCAUCAGCUACUGUUGAUGUCGAUAAAGUAAAGAAAGUGAUUGAUGAUGUUCUUGUGUCUAACCAUGCUCGCCUUAAUCACCUGAAGACGUCUCUAUCAGAUCUUGCUAAUCAGUUAUAUGAAGUUGGUCUCAUUAAUGAUGAAGUCAGAGAGGCUUGUAGCAUGGACAAGUUCAUUGGAGAGUUUAAGGCUAGUUUUUACUUUAUGGAUGAAUUGUCUGAAGUUCAAGAUCAUUGCAAGAAGUUUUUGAACUCAUUCAUUGCUGUUAGAGGCAGUUAUAUUAAUGCUGCCAAGUUUUUGCGUCAGAAAUGGAUUGAAGCUAUUAAAACUGAACUUGGGAUUGAUCUCAUUAUUGAUGUUAGUGUAUAGUUCUUUUGCUAUUCCCAUUGCCUUUGAUUUUUAAUUUUAUACAAAAUUCUUUUAUCUUAUUAAAAUUGCAAGAAAAUUCAAAUUUAA